AUGAAACUGAACACCGACACUGACGGCGAGGCUAGUCCUUCUCUUGGUGCUGGUUUUGGAGAGCAGAGAGAAGCCUCUAGUGGGAAGGAUUACAAACAAGUCAUCCAUGCCGCUCGUCGUCCUCUCCCCACGGAGACGGGCGAUGGUAGCUACAUCGAGGAGGAAGCAAGCAGUAGCAUUUGGGCGGAUCUUCGAAGCAUGGGAAUCAAGGAUGCUAGUACCCUCGUGUCAUUCCUCGAGAAUAAAGUGACCAGACAGCCAAUUGAUGAUAAGACGAUGCUCAUGGAGCGUGUUAUUCAGCUUGUUAGCAAACUUCCAGAUGAGUCUAAAAAUCGAGUGAAGCUGACGAACUUGUUUCUCAACGAACUUUGGGAUUCGCUCCCUCAUCCACCGUUGGCAUACGUUGGAGAGAAGUAUGCGUACAGGAGUGCGGAUGGAUCUCAUAAUAAUCCUACUCUUCCCUCUCUAGGAGCUGCCAAUACGGAAUAUGCUCGCACAAUCCGCCCAGAGACCACUAGGCCACCCAACCUCCCUGACCCAGGGUUGAUCUUCGAUAGCUUGUUUGCUCGCGAUGAAUUCAAACCCCAUCCGAACAAAGUCUCGAGCAUUUUCUUCACAUGGGCCUCGUUGAUUAUCCACGAUAUUUUUCAAACAGACCAGAAAGAUGAGAAUAAAAAUAAAACCUCAUCCUAUCUGGAUCUAUCCAUUUUGUAUGGAGACAUUCAAGAAGAACAAAACAUGAUCCGGACAUUCGAGGGUGGAAAGUUGAAACCCGAUUGUUUUUCUGAACCACGGUUGCAGGCAUUGCCAGCGGCUUGCGGGGUUAUUUUGGUAAUGUUGAAUCGAUUUCAUAACUAUGUUGUUGAGCAACUGGCUACUAUCAACGAAAAUGGCCGAUUUACGAAACCUCAAGAUAGCCAGCUUUCAGUGGAUGAGGCCAAGAAGGCGUGGGCGAUGUACGAUAAUGAUCUGUUCCAAACAGGGAGGUUAAUCACCUGCGGCUUAUAUAUAAACAUCACGCUGUACGACUACCUGCGAACUAUUGUGAAUCUCAACCGAACUAACAGUACCUGGUGCUUGGACCCUCGGGUCCGAAUGGGGGAGCAUGAGACGACUCCUUCCGGACUCGGCAAUCAAUGCUCGGUUGAAUUUAACUUGUCAUAUCGCUGGCAUAGCACAAUAAGUCAGAAAGAUGAAAAAUGGACGGAAGAGGCAUACGAGGAGCUGGUUGGGAAGGCUGGAAAAGAUGCAUCAGUGCAAGAGCUACUUGGUGCCCUGGGCGAGUAUGGAAAGCGCCUUAACCCUGACCCAGCAAAACGCACAUUCUCCCAGUUGAAACGGCAGGCUGAUGGUACAUUCAAAGACGAAGAGUUGGUUGCUAUCCUAACUGAUGCAAUUGAGAAUGUAUCAGGAUCCUUCGGUGCACGAAAUGUACCCAAGGUAUUGCGAGCGGUUGAGAUAUUGGGUAUAGAACAGGCGCGACGAUGGAAUGUCGGGACCCUCAAUGAGUUCCGCAAGUUCUUUGACCUGAAGCCCUAUCGGAGUUUUGAAGAAAUCAAUUCUAAUCCAGAAGUGGCGGAUCAGCUGCGACACCUUUAUGAAAAGCCUGACUAUGUGGAGUUGUAUCCAGGUAUAGUGGCAGAAGAGGCCAAAGAGCCCAUGGUCCCUGGGGUUGGUAUUGCCCCUGGUUAUACCAUCUCGAGGGCUGUAUUAUCCGAUGCUGUCGCACUGGUUCGAGGAGAUCGAUUUUAUACUGCGGAUUAUAAUGCCAGAAACCUGACAAACUGGGGCUUUACGGAAUCCCACUAUGACUUGGAAACCGAUCAAGGCUGUAUGUUCUAUAAGCUAGCACUACGCGCGUUUCCCAAUUGGUUCAAGCCCGAUUCGAUAUAUGCACACUACCCCAUGACCGUACCUGCUGAGAAUAAAGUCAUUAUGGAAAGCCUGGGGAGGGAAUCGGAUUAUUCCUGGGAUCGCCCUGCCUUUAUAUCCCCUAGGAAGGACAUAUUUUCAUAUCCUAAUGUGCGGCACGUCCUCGGUGACCAGGAUAUCUUUCAUGUUACUUGGGGCGAGGCCACUGGGUAUGUUUUUGGCAAUGGAGGGUACGACUUCAUGCUCUCAGGAGAUACUUCGUUCCAUGCCAGCCAGCGUCGUACUAUGGACAAUUCUCUUUACAUAGAUCAAUGGCAUAAACAUGUCAGAGAGUUUUAUAUCGCCAUGACCGAGAAGUUGUUGAAGGAUAAGUCGUGCAGGUUGGGACGGGCGAACCAAGUCGAUAUCACUCGCGACGUCGGAAACCUGGCACACGUUCACUUUGCUUCAAGCAUAUUCUCGCUCCCCCUCAAAACAGAGGAAAAUCCUCAUGGAAUUUUCACUGAACACGAGAUGUUCCAGAUUAUGGCUGUCAUUUUUACGGCGAUCUUUUUUGAUGUCGAUCCAUCAAAGUCUUUUACCCUGCGACACAAAGCGCGAGCUGCAGCCCAGAAACUCGGCAAAAUUGUCGAGGCUAAUGUAAAGAAAACACAGAGCUCUGGGAUCCUAUCAUCAUUGUUUGACCCCUUCCGCGCCAAUGGCUACCCACUCCAGGAGUACGGAAUCCAUAUGAUAUGGCGCUUGUCGGAAACAGGGUUAGGUCCAUCAGAGAUUACCUACUCGCAGGUUCUUCCAACCGCGGUUGCAAUGGUGCCCAACCAAGCACAAGUGUUCACGCAAAUUAUCGAUUACUAUCUAUCGGAUGCAGGCAAAAAGCACCUUGUUGCUAUUAACCGCAUUGCUAAGGAAGACUCCCCCAAAUCCGAUGAAAUGCUAUUACGAUACUGCAUGGAGGCUAUUCGUCUUCAUGGAACGUUCGGAUCGUAUCGUGAAUCCAAAACCCACGUCACCCUGGAAGAUCGGGGUCGGCGUUUGAACAUCAAGCCGGGCGAAAAAGUGUUUAUCAGUUUUGUCGACGCUAACCGGGAUCCUGAUGCCUUCCCUGAUCCCGAUAGCGUCCGUCUCGAUCGCCCCAUGGAAUCCUACAUUCACUAUGGUGUAGGCCCCCACACAUGCCUGGGCAAAGAAGCCAGUAAGGUUGCUCUGACAGCCAUGCUUCGUGUUGUCGGUGGCUUGGAUAACCUUCGCCGUGCACCUGGACCCCAAGGCGAGUUAAAGAAGAUUCCACGCCCAAACAACUUUUACAGUUAUAUGCUAGAGGAUGAAACGAGCUUUUAUGCAUUCCCAAUGACAUUUAAAGUACAUUUUGAUGGUCCCAUUCUCCGCUGAUGAAGUUUUAUCUUAGAGCUGACAUAUCACUGGUCCUGCCGUGUUUUCGGAAUCCUCGCAAACCAAGAUUGACAUUGUAUGAUUAGACUGGUGUAUCUACUGUUAGUAUAAAUUUCAGGUUUUGCAAGAGACGGCCCAGUUACAGUGCAAUGGUGGCAAGAGGCUGCGAUUAGGCCAAGUAGCGGACGUGCGCCUGGUCCCAGAGUAUUCUUCCAGAAUAGCUAGAAAGCCCCGAAAAGCCCCUCCUGGCAUACAAAGCUCUCUGACUAUACGAGAGCCAGCCUUCACAGGGAAAUGAGAGAAAGAUAUUGGGACAUCUUGGCCCAAAUUCAUGUCUUAGUAGCGAAA